GGGAACUGGGGCUUGGAGUUGGAGCCCGUUCAAGCCCUAGCUCUGGCCUUUGUGGCACCUUCCCAAACAAGGUGACUCACCUCUCCAGGCCUCUGUUUCCACACCUGUCAUGCGGGGAACAUGCCUAGUCCUCAGGGCCGGCAGCUGAAGCCAUAGUCGUGAAGGCGUCUGGCAAAGUGUGGAGCUCUUUGCACAUUGUAUGGGCCAUCCAUGAGUCUGGGAUCUAGGCCACCCUGGAGGAAAUGGAGCCAGCUCCUCCCAGCCCCUCAGCUACCCCACAGAAGUCCCGCCAGCCCUUGAGCCUCUCUCCUAGAGACCAGCAGGAGCUCUGAAGAGAGACGGCGUGGCGGAGGAGACGAAGCCAGAGACCCUACCCCUCAGACCUGCCGGUCUGGGCCUUUCCACCAGAGCGACAUUGGCUGGUGUUGACCAAGCACUCACUGUGCCAGGCACUGGUCUCGGUGCUUUAUAGCUACUGACCUGGUUUAGCGCUUACAUCCAGCCCUGGACGUGGGUACAUAUUAUCCCCGUUUUACCCAUGAGGAAGUGGGCAGAGGCCAUGCCUCCUGAGAAUGUCCUUGUUCCCUGUUGGGAAGGGACCAGCAAGCAUCUCGAAGCUCGCCUUGCCCUCUGACCUCAGCUUUCCCUCCUGGGACGUGGGGCAUGUGCUGUAGGCCAUGGGCUCCUCCCCAGGGGAGAUGAGAUGAGACCAGGUUUGGGCAGCUGCUUGGUAAACUUAAGCUGGAGGGAUGCCCUGGAGCCACCGUUAGCAAGAAGCUUCGCCCAGCAGAGGACUCAACUACGUUUCUCCCUCCGGAGUUGGGGGCUCUUUCCCGAGACUGAGAGCCUGCAUCCCCCUCCUGUGCCUAGAGACGAGUUCGUGCAGAUUGGGAAGGGCGUCGCCAACAACACCUGCAUCGUCCGGACCAUCAGCGUGGGCCUGACGCUGCUCAGCGUGCGGGACACGGAGCACGUGGGCCUGUCCGACUUCGUCCCGUUGCCCGUCCUACAGGCCAUCUCCCCGGAGCUGUCCGGAGUGGUGGUGGUGGGGGACGUCCUCUGUCUGGCCACAGUUCUGGUCGGCCUGGAAGGCCUCUCCGGAACCUGGAGCUCUUCAGCUCACAGCAUCCUCCGCAUCGACCCCAGGACGGGCGUGGCUGUGGCCCAAGAGGCAGGAUCUGUGACGGUUUACUACGAGAUUGCUGGGCACCUGAGAACCUACAAGGAGAUAGCGAUCGGUGUCCCUCAAAGGAUCGUGGCGCAUUCCGUCCGCCCAGGCCAGACCAGCUUCCAGGAGGCCUCCAAAGUGACCGUCACCUUGGGAGACAGAGGCUCUAACCUGAGAGGUGAGUGCUCUCCCUCCCAGAUGGAAACCAUUGAGACUCUGCACCCAGAAUCCCUUAUUAGCUGCCACCUCCAGUUCAAGCAAGAUGUCUUCGAUUUCCCAGCGCGUGACGUUUUCACGGCAGAACCAGGAUUUGACGCCACCCUGGGCCGGUACCUCUGCUCAGUCACGAUGCACAGGCUGACGGACAAGCAGCUGAAACACCUCAGCAUGAAGAAGACAGCGCUGCUGGUCACCGCCUCCAUCCCCGGCAGCCACAUCUCUGGGGAGCAUGUUGGUGCCGAGGUGCCCUUCAGCCCAGGGCUUUACACUGACCAGGCUGAAAUCCUUUUGAGCAACCACUUCACCAGCUCUGAGGUCAAGGUCUUUGGUACCGUGGAGAUUCUCGAGAACCUGGAGGUGAAAUCAGGGUCCCCGGCUGUGCUGGCCUUUGAGAAGGAAAGGUCUUUGGGGCUCCCCAGCUUCAUCACAUACACAGUCGGCAUCUCGGAUCCCACAGCUGGCAGUCAGGGGCCUCUGUCCACCGCCCUGACCUUCUCCAGCCCCAUGACUAACCAAGCCCUCACCAUUCCGGUCACCGUGGCCUUUGUGAUGGAUCGCCGAGGGCCUGGUCCUCAUGGAGCCAGCCUUUUCCAGCACUUCCUGGAUUCCUACCAGGUCAUGUUCUUCACACUUUUUGCCCUGCUGGCUGGGACUGCUGUCAUGAUCAUAGCCUACCACACGGUCUGCACACCCCGGGAGCUCACUGCACCCCCAGGCCUCUCCCCCGGAGCCAGCCCUCGCCACAGCCCCCACUAUUUUGCUGCCUCAUCGCCGACGCCUUUCAACGCACUGCCUCCCAUCCGCAGAGCCAGCCCUCCGUCGGGGCUGUGGAGCCCCACGUACCCCUCCCACUAGUCUGUGGGCCGGGCCCUGACGCCCCUGCGCCCCCACGGUGGGCCCGGCCUGGAGCACCCCUGGGCCCCGAGCCCUGGCCCAGGCCCGUGUCGCUGCCUGCUGUGUUCUUGUAGACCUGUAGUUUAGGCUGUGCCCGCUAGCUCACCCUUCCGUGUAGGGCUUUCUGUUGGCUCUUGUUUUCUGUUCUGUUCUUACUUCAGAAUCUUACAAAGGCUAAGACUCUCGCUCAUUCCUCUGUGCCCGGUUGUCUAGGGUUUCUGGACAACGUGCACUUACGCUUUUCCUUCCCCGCAGUCUCUGGAACCACUCCCUUCUCGAGACUUUGAGCAGGUGAAGCUCCCUUCACUAGUGGUCUGUAAGGGAUGUUCCUGAAGUGGCCUCAGGGAAAGGACUUUUUGAUUUUUUCUUAACAUUUGUGGGGUUUUUUUUCCCCUCCUUGGAAACUUUACUUUUCCCCUACUCCGGCCCUGCCAGGAAAUGAGGGGAGCGAGCAGACACGAUGUCCAAAGCUGGCCCCGUGACUGCACGGAGGCCUCAGGUAGGCGCCAACGGGGCCCAACCCCACACUGGCUCAGCCUCACCGGGAGACGCCGACGGGCCACAGGAGCCACGAGCCGGGCUGCUCUUUGCCUCUGUGGGGGCCACUGUGAAUAUAGACGGCGUCCUCUGUGGUUGCUUCCUGCGCGUGGAAGCGUCUCCUGGACUUGGCCGCAGCUCCAUCGAGGUGCUCUUUGGGGUCCGGCUCCUCCUCCCUAUCCCGGCUUCUCUACCCACACAGGGACUUCGGAGUCGUAGUUAGGAAAACAUCCCUGAGCCAGAGACUGGAACCUUUUCUUCUGGUUUGUUUGUUUGUUUGUUUGUUUUGAGAAGCCACUGUGUUCCGCCCGAGCACCAGACCAAAACCCAGUGUUCUCCCUUCCUCCUUUUGUACCACGGUCGUGCACCUCAGCAGCCCUGAGCCUCUGGCCUGCCCCGUGUGGGCACCAGUCUCCCCGCGGCAGCCCCCCAGCAGGCCACGGAGCCAGACCCAGACAGUGAGGAGGGUGGGCCUGCCCUCCAGGAAGGGGCCGGGAAGGAGAAGAUGUCUAGAAGAUGCCCCCUCGUUCAUUCAGCACCCGAGGCCUCCAGAACGCGGCCUCUCCGCCCUGGGCCGAGAGCUGUGCCGCUCUCAGGAAGAACUGGAGGCGCACCCCGAGUCCGGCCCAUGGGGUCGCUGUGUGGGGGGAGUCGUCCCCUUGGACUCUGAGCCGCAAGCGUGAACCUACCGCAGGCCUUUUGGUCCGGGCCGUGCGAUUUAUUUUUCUAAAGCUGGAGACAGGAAGAAUUGUGCCUUGCCUAUCACUUGAGCUCAAACUGACGACUUGGAUGUAAAUAGCCGCGUUUCUACUUGGUUUAUUUAAUAAAGCUCUAUCUAAUUUCUUAA